CGCUCAAUAAACGGCGUUCGCGGCCGAGUGCAAAGCAGAAAGGGUGCAGAGACAGACGACGUAGCAGCGAUGGCCGACGAGAAGCCUAAGGAGGGAGUGAAGACUGAGAACAACGAGCACAUAAACCUGAAGGUUGCAGGCCAGGAUGGCUCAGUGGUGCAGUUCAAGAUUAAAAGGCACACUCCACUCAACAAACUGAUGAAAGCUUAUUGUGAACGACAGGGAUUAUCAAUGAGACAGAUACGGUUUCGAUUUGACGGCCAGCCCAUCAAUGAACAGGACACACCCUCGCAGCUUGAAAUGGAGGAUGAAGAUACAAUUGACGUGUUCCAGCAGCAAACUGGAGGAUGUGCUCCUUAAUGACUGUUUCUUCUGUACAUCUCUACCUCCCCUCCGUGUUCUUGAAAGUCUUCAUUCAGCCCAGUCUUUACAUAACCACACAGACAUAUGCACACACACUACCAGCCAGUGGAACACGUGUAAUUGCAGCAGCUGCACAGUUGUUCUACAUGGGUCAUUCAUAUGUUAACCUGUUGGUUCACUAGAGAGUUGUAGCAAAUAAAUACUGUUCUUUUUAGUUUUUAUACUUUGUCAUAGAGAGUGUCAGGUAGUGUUUUUGGUAUGGACUAAGUGGCCCUGCAUUUUAAACCCUCUCUUGUAUGGAAAUGUAUUAUUGGAAUAAAUUGAGUUGUUUUUUUUUU